AUGCGCGUGCACAGCCAAGGGAUCGAAGUAGUUCCAACACGCAGUUGCCUCGAUUUUGCUGUUGAUGCGCUCGCGCGCCGCACAGUCUACAUCCAUCUAUCGUCGAAACUUCAUCGUUUCAGAGCGCGAUACGCUCGAAACAGAAAGAGAAAGAACAUGCCGUCGCUCACGAUAAACACUAUGACGAAGAACAGGUGUUGCGAACUCAGACGAACGAGUCCGACUAUCCAAUUCGACGAACCACGUUCUUCUACUCAUAUCCCGAAGAGCACAAACGGCGCCAUAUCUCGGAGUGCACGAACGGCGCCCACCGCACGACGUUUAUAUCCUCAAUCUCCUCCCUCGCUUGCCCACCUCAAGUAG